UAUCCUGAGAAUGCAUUAAAAGGGAGUAAAAACAAAAGAAAUUCCAAAACCCCUCUAAAACCCUAAUCAAGGCGCCCAGCCAAAACGAGGAUGGAGCCCAUAGCAGCAGAGGAGCGAAUAGUGACGGAGAGGUUGAGGCGGAAACUCGAUGAAGUAAACAGAUCUGUCCAGAACCACUUCUCAGGCAUUGAAGACCAUGUCAAUUUCACCCUUCAGCAAGCGUACUUCAAAUGUGCGUAUGAGUGCUUUGAUCGGAAGAAGAAGCCAGAGGAGAUAGGGAGCUGCGUGGAGUACUGCAGCGUCCCUGUUGUCAAUGCCCAGAAUGUAGUUCAGAAUGAGGUUUCCCAAUUUCAAGAAAAGCUUCAAAGGUCACUGAUGGUCUGCCAAGACAAAUUUGAGGCUGCAAAACUCCAGCUGAACAAAGGCGAUGUGGUCAAGGAUUUGGAGUCAUGUGUUGACCAAUCAGUUCAAGACUGCGUUAAGACGUUGCCUCAUAUUGUUGGAAGAUUGAAGACUUCACUUCGCAUGACUGAUUCUAUGUAGUUUGGGGGAUAAAAUCUUUCAUACUUUUUUUUUAUAAGUUUUCCAAGUAAAUGCUGACAUCAUUAGAAUGCCGGCAAUGUAUUAACCUCACAAUGAUGUUUAUUUGUUAUUUACCUCACCUCAGCUGUUACAGAAUUUCAUGAUUCUAUAAAAAAAAAAAUGGAGUAGCAGUUUUUUUUAAUAAAUGACAGAUUUUCUGA